CAUCAGUAGUGUUUUGGUGAAUAAUUAUGGCAGCCGGCCAGUGGUGAUGGUAGGAGGUUUAUUAUGCUGUUUGUCGAUGAUGCUGGCCUCUUUCUGUACCAGUGUAAUACAGCUCUACCUCACCGUGGGCUUCAUUGGAGGUACUGGGUUAGCCUUCAACCUGCAACCCAGCCUUACAAUAAUUGGCAAAUACUUCUAUAGGAAACGACCGAUGGCAAAUGGAUUGGCCAUGGCAGGAAGUCCUGUUUUCUUAAGUACAUUGGCUCCUUUCAAUCAGUUCCUUUCUAACACUUUUGGCUGGAAGGGAAGCUUCUUGAUUUUGGGAGCUAUAUUUUUGCAUGCCUGUGUGGCUGGGGCCCUCAUGAGACCACUAGAACCCAAAAGAGCUACUUCUAAGUCUAAAAAUAAGAUUGGUGUAAAUGAAGAUUCAGGUCUGAAGAAAACCCAUCAAAAGAAAUCAACAUGUGAACAAAUUAAUAAAUAUUUGGAUUUCUCUCUUUUUAAGCAUAGAGGAUUUCUGAUCUACCUAUCUGGAAAUGUCAUUAUGUUUCUAGGGUUUUUUGCCCCUGUUAUAUUCUUGGCUCCAUAUGCUAAAGACAGAGGAAUAGAUGAGUAUUCUGCAGCUUUCUUGCUGUCAGUUAUGGCUUUUGUUGAUAUGUUUGCUCGGCCUCUUGGAGGAGUAAUUGCAAACUCUAAAUUGGUGCGACCCCGAAUCCAGUACUUCUUAAGUUUUUCAGUAAUGUUCACUGGCGUGUGCCAUCUCUUGUGCCCUCUGGCACAGACUUAUUCAAGCCUGGUGGUGUAUGCUAUAUUUUUUGGCUAUGGAUUUGGGAGCGUUAGCAGUGUCCUCUUCGAAACUCUCAUGGACCUGGUUGGUGCUCCCAAGUUUUCCAGUGCUGUGGGACUCACCACCAUUGUGGAGUGUGGCCCGGUUCUUCUUGGCCCUCCUCUUGCUGGUAAGCAUAUUUCUUAUCAAGGAAAGCAAAAACGUGACAUAAAUAUUCAUUAAUUGAGACUUUCUUUAAAGUGAAUA